UACUGCAUCCCUGUUGCAUCUUUACUGCAUCCCUGCCUGCAUCCCUGCUGCUUCCCUACUGCAUCCCUGCUGCUUCCCUGCCUGUAUCCUUACUGCAUCCUUAUUGCAUCCCCACUGCAUCUCUGCCACUUCCCUGCUGCAUCCCUUUUGCAUCCCUAUCUGUAUUCCCUCCUGCAUCCCUGCCCAUAUCCUUACUGCAUCCUUAUUGCAUCCCCACUGCAUCUUCGCUGCUUCCUUACUGCAUCCCUUUUGCAUCCCUAUCUGUAUCCCCUCCUGCAUCCCUGCUGCUUCCUUGUCUGUAUCCUUACUGCAUCCUUGCUACUUCCCUAUGGCAUCCUCACUGCAUCCCUACCGCAUCCCUGUUGCAUCCCUACCCGUAUCCCGUCCCUCUCACGUUCCCACCCACACAAACCCCACUCCCGCAUCCCCGGUUCAUCCCCCACAUCCCUCGUGGCCGCACUGUGGUUACCCUUUACCCUCACCCCCUCCGUCGCCCCCCGGAGCCGCCCCCGCCGCUCUCCGCCUCCUCGGGGCGGUGCUCGGUGUCUCCUUAUUAAGGGGCAUCGCCGCGGGGCGCGGGGAGGGGGCGAUGGACUACGCGGAGGCGGAUUAUUACUACGGGGAGGCGGAGGAGGAGGAGGGCAACGGGACGGCGUGCUCCUGGCAGGCGGACUGGGAGGCGUCGUUCGCUUUGCUGCCCGCUCUGUACGCUCUGGUCUUCGUGCUGGGGCUGGCUGGCAACGCGCUGGUGCUGCUGACGGUGUGGCGGGGUCCCCGAUCCAAGCGGCGCUCGGCCGACGCCUACAUCGGCAACCUGGCGCUGGCUGACCUCACCUUCGUGGUCACGCUGCCGCUGUGGGCCGCCUACACGGCGCUGCGCUUCCACUGGCCGUUUGGCGCCGCGCUGUGCAAGCUCAGCAGUUACCUGGUGCUGCUCAACAUGUUCGCCUCCGCCUUCUGCCUGGGCGGGCUCAGCGCAGAGCGGUACCGCGCCGUGCUCCGCGCCGCCCCCCCGCCGCCCCGCGCCGCCUCCGCCCGUGUCCGCCGCCCCGCGGCUCUGGGUCCUUUGGCCGCGCUCUGGGCGGCGGCGGCGGCGGCGGCUCUGCCCGCUCUGCUGCUCCGCGAGGCGCGGAGGGACGCGCGGAACCGCACGUUGUGCGACCUGCGGCUGGGGGGGGAGGGCGGCGGGGCGGAGCGGGCGGCGGCGGCGCUGAGCCUCGGGACCACCGCGCUGGGCUUCGCCGCUCCGCUGCUGCUCAUGGCCGUGUGCUACUGCUGCGUCGGCAGCGCCGUCCGACGCCACCUGCGGCCCCGACGAGCAGAAGCGGCGGCCCGGAGGCGGCUGCUGCGGCUGAUCGCGGCGCUGGUCGGGGUGUUCGCCGGCUGCUGGCUGCCCUUCCACCUGCUCAAGAGCCUCUUCGUGCUGGCCGCGGCCGGGCUGCUGGAGCUGCCGUGCGCGCUGCUCGGCCUCAUCUCCCGCCUGCAUCCCUACUGCACCGGCAUCGCCUACAUCAACAGCUGCCUCAACCCCUUCCUCUACGCCUUCCUCGACGGCCGGUUCCGCGCUCAGUGCCGGGCGCUGCUGGGGCUGCGCGGAUCCCGACCGCCCCCCGCCGCCUCCUCCACGCUGAGCGCCCCGACGCAGCGCUCCGAGCUGCCCUCCUCGGGGGGCACCAAGGUGUAGCGGCGCCCCUUCCUCACAAUAAACGGCCGUGCCGCCCUCGGA